AUUUGAAAUUUAAAAAAUAAUUGUAGCGAUAUUUUAAUAUAUAAAAAUGACUAAAAAACGUCUUUAUUUUGAAGUUUUCGGAAAGGUUCAAGGUGUAUAUUUCCGUAAUCAUAUAGUUGAAAAAGCAAAAUCUUUGUCAAUUGUGGGAUGGUGUAGAAAUACCGCAAAUGGUUCUGUUGAAAUAGAGGCAGAAGGUACAGAGCAAAAUUUAGAUAUAUUUAAGAAAUGGCUACAAUAUGAAGGAAGUCCUCUUAGCCGUGUAGACAAUAUGAUAGUAAAAGAAAUUAGCGUUAUAAAUAAUGAAGAGUGUAUGGUUCGUCUCAAAACUUUAAAAUAAAUUUUUAAAUUUAAAUAAUGUAAUACACUAUUUUAUUAUG